CCCCUAUCGCGAUAUGGCUCGCGAGAAGGACAAGCGGAGCUGCGGGCAGGUAUGGGCUCAAUGGAAAGCGUUCGUAUGGGACCCCCGCACCCGGCAGCUCCUCGGCAGGACUGGGAGCAGUUGGGGCCUGAUCCUGCUCUUCUACCUGGUGUUCUAUGGGUUCCUGGCCGGGCUCUUCGCCCUCACCAUGUGGGUGAUGCUCCAGAGCGUGGAUCCCCACGUGCCCAAGUACCAGGACCGGCUCCUCACCCCCGGGCUGAUGAUCCGGCCCUAUGCCGAGGGCCUCGACGUCACCUUCAACGUGAGCCAGAGCCACACCUGGCUCCCCUAUGUCCGCGCCCUGCACCAGUUCCUGGAGCCCUACAACGACAGCGUCCAGGCCGCCCGCAACGCCGCCUGCACCCCGGGCCGUUACAACGAGCAACCCGACGACGGGGUCCCCAACGUGCCCAAGCGGGCCUGCCGCUUUAACCGGAGCGCUCUAGGACCCUGCGCGGGGCUGGGGCCGCCCCAUAGCGAGACCUACGGCUACGGCACCGGCCAGCCCUGCGUGCUCGUCAAGAUCAAUAGGAUCAUCAACUUCUUCCCUGGGAGGAACAAGAGCAUCAACGUGGUCUGCGCAGCAAAGGACGAGGAAGACGCCGCCCUCCUGGGCCCCCUCCACCUCUUCCCCCCCAAUGGCUCCGUGGACCUCAUGUACUUCCCCUACUACGGCAAGAGGGUGCACGUGAACUACUCCCAGCCGGUGGUGGCCGUGCUGUUCGCCAACGCCACGCCGGGGGUGCAGCACCACGUGGAGUGCCGGCUGCUGGAGGGGCGGCGCGGCGACUAUCGCGACAGCGGCGGCGACUAUCGCGAUAACGGCGGCGACUAUCGCGAUAGCGGCGGCGAAUAUCGCGAUAGCGGAGGGGAAUAUCGCGAUAGCGGCGGGGAAUAUCGCGAUAACGGCGGCGGGGAUCGCCACAGCGGCGACUAUCGCGAUAGCGGAGGCGACUAUCGCGACAGCGGAGGGGACUAUCGCGACAGCGGAGGCGACGGGAGGGACAAGUUCGCCGGCAGGGUGGCGUUCCGGCUGCGGCUGCACCGGGACUGA